AUGGUCUCCUACGUCGAUAUCCUACCAACUCUACUAGACUGGUCUUCGCACCCGUCAGCACCAACAAAGUCCACUCCCCACCCAACUCGAGUAGGCCGCUCCCUCCUGCCCAUCCUAUCGCAGUCCUCACUCCAAGAUUCCUGGAAGCGAGUCUUCGGCUCCCACACCUUCCACGAAAUAACAAACUACUGGCCAACACGCUUCAUGCGCAAUGACCGAUUCAAAUACCACCGCAAUAUCGCCUGGCGAUUGGAUUUCCCCUUCGCGGCUGAUAUAUACGGCUCGUUGACUUGGGAGGAUAUUCGCAAUUCAGACACCAAAAUGAUUGGAUCUCGGCCUUUGAAGGAUUAUUUCUUUCGUCCUGCGGAGGAAUUGUAUGAUGUGAUUGCUGAUCCGCAUGAGGUGCGGAAUCUUGCUCAGGAUCCGGAGUAUGCGGGUGUUUUGGAAGAUAUGCGGGUGCAGGUUGAGGCGUGGCAGCGGAGGACGGAGGAUCCUUGGUUGUAUCGGGAUGGGGUGUCGAUCUUGCUUGUUAGACAUCAUUUUGAGGGCGGACUUGAGGUUCCAGAUCGGUUUGAUUUUGAUGAGAAUUCGCCGCGGGGGAAGGGGCUGGGUAAGUUUGAUGAGAAGGUUGCUUGGGGGGGCUGA